CACGUGUGUGAGUGCGCGACGUAAACAGUGGCUGGCCUGGCACGAGUGCACGUGUGACCCACAGCCUGCAAAUAUCAUUCAGGCUUUCAAGACUCUCAACCUCACCAGGACCUUCCUACAGAAAAUAAAUCAACUCCAUCGCAUAUAGCCUGAACACAUCACCACCACAUACCGCACCUUGAGGCACUAGAGGCUGUGACACACAGCCUGCACGGCCCCAACAAACCCCAAGAAGUAGAAGGAAGCCUGCCCGGUAUUCACAGGACACAGGUUCUCAACUAGAAUAAACACUAUUGUAAAGGCAAAACAAAAUGGCUUACAAAAAGAAGAUUGCAAACACAACCAAUCAUACUAAAAAGCAAGCAGUUCAAAAUAUUCAAAAGAAAAGAACCAAGAUUAAAAAAAAAUCUCACAAGUUCAUUCUGGACAAACAAGGUGACAGAAAACCAUCAAAAUCCUCAUUUGACAAGAAAAACAGAAAGAAAAAUGCACUGGGCCAUGAUGCUCUUAUUCAGAAAGAAAGAGAGUUGAUGGUAGACCUGUUUGGUGGUGAUGGUGAAUGUAUGGAAAAGAUUGAGAAACACACUGAUGAACUAGAAGAGAAAGAACUGCCUGAGGUCAAGGUGAAAAGUGAGGUGAAAGAAAAGGACCUGUUGCCUUUAAUACCUGAUGAUCCUUUUGAUAUCCACCACCAGCACGAAGAGAAGCAGAAAAGACCAGCGUGGAUAGAUGAGGAUGACCACAAUAUAAGAGUGAAAGAUGUGGUGGCAGGAAUGGACAAAGCUCGUGGCUCAAGGGGCACAAGAGAAGUGUCAGAGGAACAAUAUAGCCACACUUUGCAACAAAAGUUCAACCAAGUAAUGGGUGCAACUCCUAAAUGGGCUCACCUCCACCAGCCUGCUGGAGAAGAUGAGGAAGAAGCAUUGCUGGAGAAGAGUACUGGAGACUACCUGGCACGUGGAAAAUCUGCAAAAUUGGACAAGAAACGACUAGAUUUCAAGAAACAGGUGGAUCUCAACCAUGCUUCACGUACUGAAGGGGCCAUCAUUGCUGCCACAGAAUUCAACCCCAAGUACAACAUGGCUCUUGUUGCAGGCUUCUCUAGCACUGUUGUGGGAGCUGCUUCACUUUUCAAGGUUGAUGGAACCUACAACCACUUGAUUCAUUCAGUCAAGUUCCCUAAGUUUCCCAUCAAAUAUGCCAAGUUCCUUUGUGAUGGUGGAAAGUUUGUGGUUGGCUCCAACCAGUACAACUUCUUUUAUAUGUAUGACCUGGAAGCAGCACAAGAGACUAAGAUUCCCUCCAACCUAGGAAGGGAUGGCCACAACAUGAAGAAUGUUCUUGUCUCUCCUGAUGGGGAGUUGCUGGUUUUCAUAGGUAAGAAUGGGCAGCUGCACCUCUUUGAUGCUGACUGCCUCUCUCUUGUGGACACACUGUAUGCAUCAGGGGAUGUGACCUCAGCAGCUUUCAAUUCUGAUGGAUCUCGACUGUACACACAUACUAUUGAGGGAGAUGUAUAUAUCUGGGACAUGCACGCUAGAGCCUGCAUUCAUCGUUAUUAUGAUGAUGGCUGCAUUGGUGGUACAAGCAUUGCUGUGUCUCCAAAUAACCAGUACCUGGCAUGUGGAUCUUCAUCGGGAGUGGUCAGUGUGUAUGACCUGGCAAAUGUGAUGAGUUCCUCACCGAGCCCUGUCAAGGUGCUGACACGGUUGCGUUCUAGUGUCUCAACGCUUGCUUUCAACUCCUCGUCAGAAAUCUUGGCCACUGUCUCAAAUCAAGUGGAGAAUGCCAUCAAACUUGCACAUCUCCCCUCCAUGACCUACUUUGAGAAUUUUCCUGAUCCCAAAAGUGAACUGCGACGAAUCCAGACUAUGAACUUCUCACCACAAACGGGUUUUCUGGCAAUGGGGAAUAAUUCUGGCUGUGCCAUUCUGUACAGGCUCCAUCAUUUUACCAAUUAUUAGAUGGUAGUUCCUAUUUUGCUUUCAGCAUGGUAAAAUGAUAGAAAAGAAAAGAAUGUAUACAAUAUUUAGAUAUCACGUGAUGCAGUCUUUACCAAUUUAUUAUUAAACUUGAAAUUACUGCA